AGUCAAUAAGAUGACCGCUUCGUCCUUAAACGUGAUCAAAACACUGGCAAGCUUUUAAUUACCAUCAAAUUUUUUACUUUUCCUCUUCUUUCUGAACUAUUUUGACCCCUCCUCCUGAUUCCCAGGGCAGCGUGAGGGCGUGAGGUGCCUCCUGUGGUCAGGUCACGCUACUACAGGCUGAAAUAAGAUUGCAAGUUAUCUUUCUUUGGAAGGUAAUACAACUUUUCAGUCAGAAUGCUGAAGUCAUGCCUGGUCUCUUGUGUAACCAAGGCAAUUCUCCCACACCAAGCUGGCACUCAGAGACUCAGUAGACCACACUGGGGUAUGACUCAAUAGAAGCAAGAAGAAUCUGUGGUCAGAGUUACAUCUUGUUAAAAAAAAAAGAAAAAAUGGAUGAAAAACUGAUCAAGAAGGAAGUUUUGCACCAAGGAAAGGGGAAUACUGAUUAUGCUGAUGGAACUAAGAUAUCAUUCCACAUCAAGACGGAAACAUGUGAUGAGGAGCCAAAAAUCAUUGACGACAGCCGGCAGUGGAAGGAGCCUGCUGAGCUGCUGCUGGGGAAGAAGUUCAAACUGGAAGCCUUGGAAGCAUGUAUCCGCACAAUGGCAUCUGGGGAGGUGGCUGCUUUCACCAUAGACAAAGUGCUGCUGGCUCCAUAUCCUCUGGUAUCCAAGACUUUGCGAGAUGCCUACAGUAAGAACAAGAUAAAUAAAGAGAAGAAGCCACACCACUGCUGUGGAAUGGGGUUCAAAGAAGGCCUUGGGUAUCCAGACCUGGAUGAGCUGGUGAAGACGCCUAAAGACCUGAAGUUCACUAUAGAAAUAAUGAACGUUGCAAGAGCUGGCUCCUAUGAAAAGGAAUUCUGGGCCAUGUCAGAGGAAGAGCGAAUAAACAGCAUUCCAGCUUUGAAGGAGGAAGGCAACUCUUUGUACAAAGUUGGUGAUCAUGAAGGCGCCAGCAAGAAGUACUCGGAAGCUCUUGGAAGACUUGAGCAGCUCAUGCUGAGAGAGAAGCCAGGUGAUGAAGAAUGGCUUAAAUUCAAUGACAUGAAGAUGCCUCUCCUCCUGAACUAUUCUCAGUGCCAAAUCCUCCAAGGAGAGUUUUACAGUGCCAUAGAACACUGCUCCACUGUCCUAGAGAAACAACCAGAUAAUGUCAAAGCUCUUUACCGACGAGGACGAGCAUAUGUGGAAGUCUUCAGCCCUACCGAGGCCCGAAGAGAUCUAGAAAAGGCUGCCAAACUUGAUGCGAGUAUUGCUCACAGCUGCCGCAGCCUGCUGUCACGGCUGGCCAAGAUGGAGGCGGAGAAAAACAGUCAAGACAAGACUGCAUACAGUAAGCUCUUCACUUCAUCUUAACAUUCUGUCAGUCUGUAAUUUUUUUUUACUGCAUAUUGUGUUCAGUUUGUUGUACUUUUAUAUUUAAUUAUUUGAGAUGUUGUAAUGCUUAAACCAAGAAGCUGUCUUUCAUUUUAUAGAUUUAUUUUUUUAACAAAAAUUUUCAUAUUUCACUCCUUGGUGUUGUGCAGACUUUCUCUAACACCAAAUGCCCAUUGAAAAUACUGGAUAUUUUCUGCCUUUACACUUUAAAGUAACAAAGUUUUAAGAAUGUACUUAUUGUGAUAUGUAUAUUUUAAAAAUUUAAGAUGUGUUUACUAUAUAUAUAUAUAUAUAUAUAUAUAUAUAUAUAUAUAUAUAUAUAUAUAUAUAUAUAUAUAUAUAUAUAUAUAUAUAUAUAUAUAUAUAUAUAUAUAUAUAUUUAUUUAUUUAUAGUAGAGUUAGGUCUAAAUAGAUCUUGAUGGAACAUGUGCCUCCAAGGUAGUACAUUUAUCAUGCCUUGUACUUAUAUUCUGUACCUUAAUUUGAUGUGAUGUAGCAGUGUGUUUUAUUGUAAUUCUUGUAAGUAGUCAGACAAAAAGUACUUAGACCACAGUAAGUUUACUGUUAGUGUGAUUCAAUGAAUGAUUGAUCAUGGAAGAGGCUGAGCCUUUUCUAUUAAAAUUUGCAUAAAAUCAUAAAUAGAUUUUGUGAAAUUCCUUUUGUAACAGAGAAGUUGUAUAUAAUCCCAUUUCUGAAGUUCUGAGUUUUAUGAAAGCUGGGUAUUAUCUUUUGCACUCAUUUAUUGGCUUAAGCUCUUCUGUCUGUUUUGAAAUACUGAAAUGAACACUUUCAUUUGGUGCAUGAAAUAUUAGGUGAGAAAUUUGUCAUGAUAUUGGCAAUGUACUUAUCAGCUUGAGCAAUUAAUUAUUUAUGUUUCAAUAAGCAUACAAUGUGUUUAUCGUACAGAAUCACUUGUGUAAAUUUUGGUUGUUGUGACCAAAACACAUAGGACCCUCAGUAGCUCUGACUUUGUGUGUUUCUGACUCUGCAUUUGUGUCUGAGCUAUGGAGAGUGGAAUGGUGGGAGUGGUAAAGGAAGGCCACAUAAUCCAGUGCUGUUUCAGUGGUACACUUUCUUAGUGUCUAGGUAAAAUGCUGGAUAUGUCUGCUGCCUUUAUCCUUCAAAUAUUGACAGCAGAGAUCUUUAUCAGUGCUAUUGCUCUCACAUUUUUAUUUUAUUUAGUUUUUAACAGAUAGUGAAGAUGGCAUACUCUUGAUUUAUUAGAGCAGUCACAGUUUUAUAUACUUCCCAAAUUUUUAUCAUCUUGUAUGAAGUGCUUUUUAGGGAUGAUUGUGAGUGUGUGUGUGUGUGUGCACACCUUGUCAUGGCCUAUCUUCCCUUACAAGGGAUGUUGGCCUGAUGAACAUAUAUGUUGAUCAAUAUAGACAUGUCCAUAGGUAAAUCUAUAUCAAAAUGGAGGUGUUAUUAAUAAUAUUAACUACAGAGGUCUAGAAUCCUUAAGCUCCUUGUGUGGUGCUGUAGAAAUAAAAGAAAUAAUUACU